AGUCACGUGAAUGCACAUGUAUGAUUUGAAUGCUGUAUGUAUAGCUGUAAGCGACCAAUGUUUCUUUAUUCAUCUCUGAAUCAGUGAGGUCGUUUUAAACUGCGCUGGUUUAACGGAACAAUAUAGAUAACGGUUAUUACCAGCGUGUGGAGGUUUAAUAUUUUAAGAAUUUGCUGAGGCCUCUUCCAUCAACAAUGUCGACACAAAAGUCAAGUCUACCUGAUGAGAACCUGCAAGGCUCUUGGGUGGAGCUGCACUUUAACAAUGGAGGAAAUGGAGGAGCUCCUAAAGCGGCAGGGGAGGAACAGGCUCCCUCAGGAGACCUGGAGAAGAUGUUACUGGAUGCUCAGCACGAGUCUGGCAGAAGCAGCUCCAGAGGGAGUUUACCCUGUGACAGUCCUCCGAGAUCUCAGACUCCUUUGCACUUGAGAAGAGGCUCAGAGGUUCACAGUUCUGGAGAAAAGAACAGUUCACAGUCGGAUGAGGACUACCUGGAGAGGAGGAGAGAGGUUGACAACCUGAUGAAGAAAAAUGCAGACUGGAUAUGGGACUGGUCAAGUCGACCAGAAAACAUGCCACCAAAAGAGUUCUUGCUAAAGCAGCCAAAACGCUCCAGCACUCUGAGCAUCAGGAACACCAGUGUUAUGAAGAAAGGAGGAAUCUUCUCUGCCGAGUUCCUCAAAGUCAUCCUUCCAUCUCUCAUCAUCUCUCACAUUCUUGCCGUGGGGCUUGGAGUAUACAUCGGAAAGCGCAUAACUACCUCUUCCAGCACGUUCUGAGGGAACCACCACAUCAUUCAUCGUCAUCACUGCUGCUUAGUCCUGAAUCAAUGUUUCAGUAGAGCCAGUAGUUCAGGAGUGCAAGCCAGUUCCUCAGCCAUUCUCUGUGCUGCACUGCCUCCAUUCCCCCUCGUGUAUUCCUCCAGCUCACGCACUGCUUCGAACAUCCAGCCUGCACUGUCGUCACAGGAGUGAGGACGUUUAUGUUUCCAGCCAGAGAAUAAGUAGUGACAUUCAUGCAUCCUCUCCAUCUAAAUCAUUACCUGUGCAGAGAUAUAGAAUCUGUUUAUGUAAUGUAGGGAGAAAUAAUGUGAAACGUUUGCAGGAGAGAGAAAUCGAGAGACAUGCUGGAUUCAAAAUCAAAUCAAAUACUGAUUAUUUACAGUUAUCAGUACUGUUAGAGUGCACAGAAUAAUAAUCCUAAUCUUCAUCCUGGGUCAGUGUAGUCAUCAGUAGUGCCACUCAAUGUGAAAAUUGUUGAAGAUUGUUUAAAAUAAUGAAUACAUGACGACUCAUUGCUUUAUAGGGUUGCACACAUUGCUGUAGAUAAACCUGUAUCCGAUUUAAAACUACUAUCAGAAUAAAACUUGAGAUCACAUAUCGGGCAUUUGUUAAAAACAGACUUUUGCUGUUGAUUUAAAUGAGAAUAAUGUUUUUAUAGACCAUGAACACCAGUGCAUGGCUAUGCAUCAUACCUACAUGGGCAGCACGGUGGCUCGAUGAGUAGCAUUUUUGCCUCAGAGCUUCCCAAGUGGAGUGGUCCAGGUCCUUUCUGUGUGGAGUUUGCAUGUUUCCCUCUUUUCUGUGUGGGUUUCCUCCAGGGGUUCCGGUUUCUUUACACAGUCCAGAGACAUGCAAGUGAGGUGAAUUGGAAAUACAAAAUUGCCUGCGAUGGUGUUUGACAUUAAACUUGAACUUGAAUCAUGUGUAACCUGUAACUACCUGUUCUGUCAUGAUUGUAACCAAAGUGUAAAACGUGACAUUAAAAUCCUAAUGAACAACAA